UUCUCUUGACUAACUGAAAACCUGAAGACCAUGCACAACUGAUGCUCAGGAGGAAGUUCCAUAUCAUGUGGGGAAAAGGAACAUUACCUAGAACAAAAGCCUGCUGUGAAUAAAGAACACAAUGGAAAAUGAUAAUUAUUUGUGCAUAAUACACAAUUUAUGGAAAGUCAGAGAAACAUCUCAGAAUUCAUCCUUUUGGGACUUUCCUAUAACCAGAACAUACAAAAAUUUUGCUUUGCUUUCUUCUUAUUUUGUUAUGUUUCCAUCUUGCUGGGAAAUCUCCUAAUUCUUGUCUCUGUUCGAUGUAGUGACCUUUUUUACCAACCGAUGUACUAUUUCCUCAGCCACUUAGCCUUAAUGGACAUUUGCUACACCUCCUGUGUGACACCCAAACUGAUUGGUGACCUGCUACUGGCUAGAAAAACCAUCUCUUAUGAUAACUGCAUGUUACAGGUCUUUGCCUUGCACUUCCUGGGAAUGAUUGAAAUUCUCAUCCUUACCAUCAUGGCCUUUGAUCGCUACGCUGCCAUCUGCAAACCUCUCCACUACCUGCUUAUCAUGAACAGGACAAGGUGCCAUCUCCUAGUCUUGGCUGCGUGGGCUGGCGGGGCUCUCCAUUCUUUUCCUCAAUUAUUGAUGGCAAUCCAAUUGCCCUUUUGUGGUCCUAAUGAAAUCGAUCACUACUUUUGUGAUAUCUUCCCUCUGCUGAAAGUUGCCUGCACUGAUACCUACAUCACUGGGGUCCUUGUGGUUGCCAAUUCAGGAAUGGUCACUUUAGUAACCUUUGUUCUCUUGUUUGGGUCUUAUGUUGUUAUAUUAGUCAGUUUAGGAAAUCGCUCAGCUGAGGGAAGACGCAAAGCUCUCUCUACCUGUGGGUCUCAUAUCACUGUGGUGAUCCUAUGUUUUGGACCUUUAAUCUUUGUCUACCUUCGACCUCCUACCAGUUUCCCUGAGGACAAAAUAUUUGCUCUAUUUUACACCAUCAUUGCGCCUAUGUUCAAUCCCCUAAUCUACACCUUGAGAAAUACAGAGAUGAAAAAAGCCAUGAGAAGGGUUUGGUGUCAAAGGAUAUUUUCAGAAGAAAAACAUAAUUGA